AUGGUUUUUUUUAAACCGGACGGCGAGAACGGUAACAAGGCUUCUUCGGGAGAAGGGAAAGCCUCUACAAGUACACAAGAUGGAAAGGUUGCAAGUGUAGUUGCUACAGAUGUAGUAACAUCUAACAUGGCACAUCAACGUGCCUCUAAGGUUCUCCUCGCAACAGCUGUAGUUCUCGUCGAAGAUGAUGAUGGGAAACGUCACCCGGCACGUGCCCUACUGGAUUCAGGAUCAGAAUGUAACUUUGUUUCUGAAAGGUUGUGCAAGCUCAUGAAUAUCUCUAAGGAUGGGGUUGAUGUUUCUGUGGUUGGAAUCGGCCAGGCGUCUACGAGAGUACGACAUCAGAUCCAUACCACAAUACGAUCGCGAAGCUCAUCGUUCGUUUGUAGCAUGACAUUGCUGGUGUUACCGAAGGUUACGGCCAACCUACCAACUACAACGGUUUCAACAAGGGGAUGGGAUAUCCCCGAAGGAAUCAUACUAGCAGAUCCAGCAUUUUAUCAAACGAAUAGUGUAGACCUCAUAUUCGGAAUUCAAUCUUUCUUCGGCUUUUUCCGGACAGGCAAGGCUAUUCCAUUAGGUGAUGGGUUACCUUUGCUUACCGAAUCGGUUUUCGGUUGGGUUGUUUCCGGAGAAGUAUCAUCUCCUACUCAAUCUUCGCAAAUUUCUUGCAACAUGGUGGUAUCGGACAACUUGGAGGAGUUGAUGGAGCGGUUUUGGUCCUGCGAGGAAGUGGGAGACAGCUGUAAUUACUCCCCGGAAGAAGCGCGCUGCGAGGAGCAGUUUGGGCGCACAGUUCAACGAGGAUUGGAUGGCCGAUACACAGUUACCCUUCCGAAAAAUGGUGAAUUCAUAUCGAAAUUGGGGGAUUCUAAGGAUAUCGCAUUGCGACGUUUCCAGGGUUUGGAAAGAAGACUGGGCAGAGAUCAAGAUCUACGCAAGCAAUAUCAAGCAUUCAUGGCCGAGUAUUUGGAAUUAGGUCAUAUGCGGAAGGUAGCUGACGAUACGUGCGUUAAACGAUACUUUUUACCACAUCAUCCGGUUGUAAAGGAGGCCAGCACAACCACUAAGGUCAGAGUGGUGUUUGACGCUUCAUGUAAGACCUCUACAGGGAUUUCCGUAAAUGAUGCUCUUUUGGCAGGGCCAGUUAUUCAACAAGAUCUUCGGUCAAUCAUGUUGCGCUGCAGAACAAGACAAGUAAUGAUCGUUGCGGACGUGGAGAAAAUGUUCCGGCAGGUUAAAAUGGACCAAAAUGAUACGACUUUUCAAAGUAUACUAUGGCGGUUUGAUAUGGAGGCAGAAGUAGAGACAUAUGAGCUAACCACCGUGACUUACGGUACGAAACCGGCGCCGUUCCUUGCAACGAGGACCUUAAAACAGCUAGCUCUGGAUGAAGGAAGCAGUUUUCCGCUUGCAGCAAAGGCGAUGGAAGAAGAUGUCUAUAUGGACGACGUGAUUACUGGAACCGAUGACGUCAAUGCAGCCAUAGAAUUGAGGAAGCAAUUGGAUGCUAUAAUGGCCAGCGGCGGAUUCAGAUUGAGGAAAUGGGCCUCAAAUAAUCAAACCGUACUGGACGGUAUUCCUCAAGCUGACUUAGCACUCCCGAUGAUGGAUGGUAUUAGUUGGGAUCAAGACCAAAUGGUAAAGACUUUGGGUCUGACUUGGUUACCAAAAAUGGAUACGUUGAGAUUCAACUUCGACAUUCCGGCGCUACUCCCAGAUCAAUUGCUAACAAAACGAAAGGUUCUUUCAAUUAUAGCAUCGCUAUUUGACCCGUUAGGACUUAUCGGAGCGACCAUCACGAUAGCGAAGAUAUUUAUGCAGCGGCUAUGGAGUAUGCGAGACGCUCAGGGUAACGCACUGCAUUGGGAUUCCCCGAUACCCGAAACGGUGGGUGAGGAAUGGCGGAAAUUUCAUCAGCAGCUGCCGUCAUUGAACAAUCUGCGCAUAAAACGAUGUGUUAUCGCACCAAGAGCUGUGUCGACUCAAAUACAUUGCUUCUGUGACGCAUCGGAAAGAGCUUACGGGGCAUGUGUGUACCUAAGAACCUUAACGGACAACGGAGAGAUUACGGUUAGGCUUCUAACGUCCAAAUCAAAGGUGGCACCUUUGAAGACACAGUCACUACCACGGUUGGAGCUUUGCGGUGCAUUACUUGCAGCACAGCUUUGGGAAUGGGUUUCGUACUCCAUUGGGUUAACGCACGAGGUUCAUUUUUGGACGGAUUCAACAUGUGUGCUACAAUGGAUCAAGGCUCCAUCCAACACAUGGACGACGUUUGUGGCGAACCGAGUCUCGAAAAUUCAGACUCUGACAGAGAAUUAUAUAUGGCGUCACGUACCAGGGGUCAGCAACCCAGCGGACCUAAUUUCGCGCGGAGUCCCACCAGAUCAAAUUCAUGGGAGCAGCAUGUGGUGGGAAGGGUCAAGUUGGUUAAAGGAAUCAGCAGAUCAAUGGCCCCAGUCACUGGACAAUGUCAUGGAUGAAGUUCCAGAACGACGUCGAAAUGCAGUUGCAUGUGUGUCAACUGAAAAAUCGAAUUUCAUGAACAAAUAUAUUUCUAAAUUUUCAUCUUAUACAAAUCUGCUCAGAACAACUGCUUAUUGGCUGCGGUUGAUUCGAAUAUUGCGAAAAACGGAAGGAAAGGAGACACGGAGUUUCCUAACUAGCACAGAACUAAGGGAAGCAGAAUUUGUUAUUGUGAGACAGGUUCAACAAGAUAUGUUUUCGGAGGAGCUGAAAGGGCUAACCAGCGGUAAGGGUGUUCCUCGCAAUUCGCCGUUAAGGUGGUACAAACCAAUUAUUUCGGAAAAUGGUGUAUUACGUGUAGGAGGAAGAUUGGGUCAUUCACAGCAACCGAACGAUGUGAAGCACCCAAUGGUUUUGUCGGCCAGACACACGCUGACGGAGAUGAUACUAAGGCAUUAUCACCAACAAUUAUUGCAUGCCGGACCCCAGCUACUACUGAGCACGAUCAGGUUACGUUUCUGGCCGCUGGGUGGCCGCAAUUUAGCUAGGAAGGUUGUCCAUCAGUGUCAUCGUUGUUUCCGAGCCAAGCCCACAUUAUUGAAACAGCAAAUGGGGGAACUUCCAGCUCCCAGGGGCGGCGUCUGUCGGCUACCUCAAUCAUACGUGGCCAUCUUUGUGUGCAUGUGUACGAAGGCAGUGCAUAUGGAGCAUGUCACAGACUUAUCCACAGAACGUUUCCUACAAGCUUUACGAAGAUUUUUUGCCAGACGAGGGCGGUCAUCGGAUAUGUACUCCGAUAACGGUACAAAUUUUGUCGGAGCUAAAAUUCAAUUGCGGGAACUCUUCACACUGUUAAAAGACUCCAGUCACCAACAAGCAGUUACGAAAGAAUGUGUAACUAAUGGCAUUCAAUGGCACUUCAAUCCGCCGGCUGCCCCACAUUUCGGUGGUUUGUGGGAAGCUGCAGUGCGUUCAGCGAAAUAUCACUUGUUGCGAGUGCUUGGUGGAAAUCCGGUAUCUGCAGAAGAUUUUAUCACCUUGUUGGCACAGGUAGAGGCAUGCCUGAAUUCGAGGCCAUUGACACCAAUGUCAGAUGACCCAACAGACUUGGAACCACUCACUCCAGCUCACUUCCUGAUCGGUGGAUCAUUACAAGCUAUUCCAGAACCCGAUUAUGGGUGUGAAGUUCAAGCGAAACGUUUGCCCGGCCCACUGCUGCUGGUUAUGUUCGGAAGUAAUCUCAGCGGAAUCGUACAGGAGACUAUGAAGGCAUUUGAGCGUAUUCGACGUGGUGGUGCGUGGUACAGACGGUUCGCAUCAUUGGUUAUCGUGCAAUGA